ACAAAUCGUAAAUCGAAUGCAAACUUUGUGUCAAUUAUUUUAUAAGUCAUUCAUUCAAUGCUUUUAUAUAUAGAAUGCAAUCCUUUAUUAACAGACAAUAGAAUUGAAUCCAAAUUUAAGACAAAAAUCGAUAAAUCAUUUGAUAAUCAAUUGUUGACCACUUUUCGGAUCAAUUGAAUCAAUUGAAAAAUGAUAUCCCAAUUGAUUGUAUCACUCAUACUGUUGCCGACUCUUGUGAUGGCCAACACGUGUCCAACAUUUCAAUCGAUCAUUCAAUUGAAUCACUCGAUUACUGGUCAUUUGCAUUACGCCAUUGUGGCCGACGGUAACUAUUAUUUGGUCGGUGACCACAACCAAAAUCACACACACAUUGAGCCGACCGGACAAAUGCCUACUGAGUUGGCCGACACUCGGCUGACUGUCCUCAUAGACCAAUACCACUGUACGCCUCAACGCUAUUAUCUGCUCAGUCUUCAGUCAUUUGAAUCAAACCGAAAGGAAAUGCUUUUUUCGACAUUGGAUUUGAUGAACUGGAAUCAGUCGACUAAAUGGACACAACCGACACAAAUGUCCAACGAUUGGUUUAUUUUCAAAACCGAUCCGCACUUUAAAACAUUACUGGAUUUAAUGUUAAAAAUCAAAGAUCACAUGAAAAUGAUUAUCAAUUGGUCACAAAUGAACACCAUUUUUGUAGUAAUAGGUCCGGCAAUACAUCAAACUUCUCAAUACUUGUACUACACUAUUGAUACCUCUGGUGUCUGUAACCAUCAGUUUAAUUAUUCGGCCAAACAUUCAUUAAAGACUUCUCUCACAUCGAUAACGGAUCCGUUAGACAUUUGUUUUCAUGACUACAAUGAAGAAAAAACGGAUCAUUUAAUUUAUUGUCUCUCUAAUGACAAAUUUCAAGUCUAUGCAAUCAAUACAACUAUCUUUAAGGAAAGUGAAGGCUUUCUCACCACUCAACUCAUUGGAUCGAUUGAUGAGAUGCCGACAAUCGAUAAAAUUGCAAUUUUGGCAAAUAUUUGCAAGAAAAGCGAACAAAAAGCUGGAGUUAAGAUUAGAUUACGUGAUCCUAAUGUUUCACUGAAGAUUCAAGACAUGUCAACAACGAUAUCGUCGAAUCACAAUCUAAUUCAAUCGUUGAAUAUAUCUAACAAUUCAUUGAGUUUAACGCCAGUCGAUGUUAAAGAGGUAGAAGAAAGAAAGCCAAUCCUGACAUAUGUGUUGGUCGUGUCCUCAAUGGUACUCAUCAUUAUAGCCGUUGCAAUGUUUGUCGUUUUGGUUAUUCAGAAGAGAAACCAAACUAUUGAAAGAAUGUAA